AUGACAAUUGAGAGACCUGUUCAUGAACAAGUUGAAGUCAAUGAUCCUGUACCGAAUCAAUCAUCAAGACAGGAUCAACUUCCACUACAAAAUCAAUCUCAAAGAAUACAAACUUUCAUUCAAAAUGGUAUAGAAAUUGAAAUACAACAACAUGAGGAAGAUUUAAAUUCAUUACAAAUUGCUUCUCCUUCUUCUUCAUCUACAAAUCAGAAAACGAAGAAUUCAAACAAACAGCAUAAACAGCAUAAACAGCAUCAUCAGCAUCAUAAUCACAAUCAUAAUCGAAAACCUAAAUCAAAGGCUCAACAUUCAUAUAUUCAACAACAAGCCCAUCAACCUCAAGAAUUAGAUGAAUCAUUAGGGUCAACUAUUAUUACCGAAAUUCAACAAGAUGAAUAUAUAUGUUUAGUAUGUACAUCAUCAAUAAAUCAAGAUUCAACAAUAUGGAGUUGUUCAGAUUGUUUUAGAGUAUAUGAUUUAGAUUGUAUACAAAGCUGGGCAACAAAAGGUUCAUCAACAAACAAGACAAAUAAAACUUGGAGAUGUCCUGCUUGUAAUGUUGAAAAUUCUAAAAUUCCAAAAAAUUUUACAUGUUGGUGUGGUAAAAUUAAAAAUCCUGAAAAAAAUCCUUUAAUGCCUUUUAGUUGUGGAAAUAGCUGUAAUUUUAAAUAUUCAGAUUGUAUUCAUAGAUGUUUAAAUAUAUGUCAUCCUGGUAAACAUCCUGUAUGUGGAGCAACUGGUCCUUUGCUUAAAUGUCAUUGUGGAAAAGAGAAAAAACAAUUACCUUGUCUUAUAACUCCAUACAAGAGAGGUUGGAAAUGUGACUUAGAAUGUAAUAAAGUAUUAUGUGAUUUAGGUCAUAAAUGUGAAAAGGGAUGUCAUAAUGGUUCAUGUGGGAAAUGUCAACAAAAAUUAGAAUAUAAAUGUUAUUGUGGAGAUACCAUAUUAAAAACAAAAUGUUUUAAAAGAAAACCUUUAGAAUGUGAAAAUUAUAAAGGUGAAAAAUGGAUAGGUGGUGGAUCAUGUAACAAGCUUAAGAAGAUAUAUUAUGAAUGUGGUCAACAUUAUGAAACUUUUGAAUGUCAACCACCUCCAAAUUUAGAAAUUUUAAAAUGUAAAUAUUCACCAGAUUUAAUAUCAACUUGUUAUUGUGGUAAAACUUCAAUUGAUUCAUCAAAUAGAACCAAAUGUACUGAUCCCGUAGAAGAAUGUGAUAAUAUAUGUGGAAAACUAUUAUCUUGUGGUCAUUUUUGUAAAUUUAAAUGUCAUAAAGGGGAAUGUGAAUGUACUGAAAUAUUUGAUAUUGCAUGUGAUUGUGGUCAUGAACAAUUUAUAACAACAUGUAAAUAUCUUAAAUCAAAUAAAACUCCAAAAUGUCAUCAUAAAUGUUCAGUUUUAUUAAAUUGUAGAAAACAUUAUCAUAGAAAAGAAUGUUGUGAAUUUGAAAGUAUUGCAUUAUAUAGAGAAAAAUUAAAGAAAAAAGCUAUUAGAAAUAAUAUCAGAACAAAUUUUAAAGAUGAUAUAAUGUCAAUUGAAGCAAGUCAUAUAUGUACUCAAACUUGUAAUAGAUUAAAAAGUUGUGGUCAACAUUAUUGUCAAGCAAUGUGUCAUCCUGGCCCAUGUGAAGUUUGUUUGGAAUCAACAAAUGAUGAUUUGGUAUGUAAUUGUGGGAAAACUAUAAUACCUGCACCAGUUAGAUGUGGUACUGAAUUAAUAUGUCAUGAACAAUGUAUUAGACCAACUGAAUGUGGUCAUAGACAAGAAAUUCAUGAAUGUCAUAAUGAUUCUAUUUCAUGUCCUAAAUGUACAGUAAUUGUUCAAAAAUCAUGUGAUUGUGGAGCAAGAGAUGAUUUACCUGGUAUAAUAUGUUCACAAGAAAGAAUAAGUUGUGGUAAAAUGUGUACAGUUCCAAAAGAUUGUGGUCAUCCAUGUUUAAAAACUUGUUCAUCAUUAUGUACAAAAGAAAGUAAACACAAUGAAAGUUCAAAAUGUUUAUCAAAUUGUUCAAAAAUUAGAAAUAAUUGUCCUCAUUUAUGUAAACAAAAAUGUCAUUUUAAUAAACCAGGUAAAAAUAAAAGUUGUGAUUCAAUUAAAUGUUUAGAAGAUGUAACUAUUAAUUGUUCAUGUGGUCAUUUAACUAAGAAAGUAAAAUGUGGAGCAUCAACUAUUGAAUCUACUUCAAUUGGAACUAUUUUACCAUGUGAUGAAUCUUGUGCAAUUGCUAAAAGAGAUUUACAAUUAAAAUCAGCUUUUUCAUUAGAGACGUCAACUUCAACAUCAGAUGAAGAUGGUGAUUCAAUUUAUUCGGAUUUUGUAUUACAAACUUAUAACAAACAAAAAAAAUGGUGUACAAAGAUGGAAGAUAUAAUUCGAACAUUUAUAGAAGAUUAUAAUUUACAAAUUGAAAAAGGUAUUGAAAAUCCAAAAAGAACUUAUCAUUUUCCAUCAAUGACAUCACCUCAAAGACAAUUUAUUCAUGAAUUAAGUUCAUCUUUCAAAAUAUAUUCAGAAUCACAAGAUUUAGAACCAAAAAGAUCAGUAUUUAUUGUAAUAACAAGAUUAACUAUAUUACCAUCAACAACAUUGCAAGAAUUUCAAGAAUAUAAACUUUCAAAACAACAACAAAUUAAUAAAUAUGAAAAUAUGACACAACAAGAAAUCGAUAAUGAAUUUUUUAAUUGUAUUAUAAUUCAAGAUACAUUUUUUGGUAUAACAAAAGAAGAAUUAAAUAAACAAUUACUUGAGAAAAAUCAAAUUGAUGGAUUUAUCAUAUCAUGGUUUAAAGAAAACACAUUUAUUAUAUAUGAUCCCAAGUUUUAUUUGAAAAUGGAUAAAGAAUUUGAACAAAUUUUAGAAGAAAUGUGUUAUCUGAUUUUAAAACCAAUUUUAAGAACAAAUUCAUUAGCUUUUGAUUGUAAAUUAGCUUUGGUUGAUCCUUCAAUUAAUUAUAUUUUAAAAAUUGAUAAACGUAAAAUUGAUCAAAAUUUAGAACAAAAAACUGAAUCUAAGGUUAUUGAAAGUAAGAAUAAAUUUGAUGUUUUAGGUGGUGAUGAUGAAUUUGUUAAAAGUUAA